AUGUCCUUGAUUACAAGACCGCCCCUCCAUCCUGACCUAUCCAAUGCCCACAAUCAACUUCCCAAGGACGAUGAGAUCAGCACGCCCGAACAAAUUGCCAAUCGCCGCAAAGCCCUCGACUUCACAUUAGAAUAUACACUCCGAGGCCGAGAAACAACCAUCUCCCACAAGGAGACAGAGUUCACCGGGCCAGCCGGUCAACUGAAAGUGUCAAUCUUCCGUCCAAAGCAAAAGCAGACAAAACAACCAAAGACCCCAGGAAUCCUCUACAUACACGGCGGCGGCCACAUAUCCGGAAGCCGUUUCCUGGGCAUCGACAGCGCCCUCGACUGGGUAGAAGAGUUCGGCGCCGUGCUCGUCUCAGCCGACUAUCGUCUCGCGCCUGAACAUCCCCAGCCAGCCCAAGUAGAAGACAGCUUCGCAGCGCUGAACUGGAUGAGCGCACACAGCCAGGAGCUUGGAUUCGAUCGCGAUCAGAUCAUUGUAUGUGGCGGGUCGGCUGGGGGCAAUCUCGCUGCUGGCGUCGUUCUGUUAGCGCGUGAUCGAUCCGGGCCGCAGAUCCGCGGCCAGCUGUUGAUGUACCCGUGGUUGGAUGAUAGUAACUCUACCAACUCGAUGAUGCAGUUUGCGGACCUGCCGCCGUGGACGAGAUCGAAUAGCCUUGAUGCGUGUAACUAUGCUUUGGGUGUUGAUCGGGAGCAGGCGACUAUUUAUACUGUUCCGUCGCGGGCGGAGGAUCUCGGGGGCUUGCCGCCGACUUGGAUUGAUGUUGGUGAUGCGGAUGUGUUUCGGGAUGAGAGUGUUGAGUAUGCGUCUAGGUUGUGGAAGGCGGGUGUGUCGACUGAGUUGCAUGUGUGGCCUGGGUGUUGGCAUGGGUUUGAUACCUUUGCCCCGGACGCCCCGAUUAGCCGGCGGGCGAGAUUGGGGCGAAGUGAAUGGGUGCGUAGUUUGAUGGACAACCAAGGUUAG